AUGACGUCACGGCAAAAGUAUUAAUACACGGCAACCCCCCCAACACAAAUCAUUUUCAUCGGUCACCGGCGACGACCUGCCAGCCACAGCGAUCACUUCAUCAACCCACGUCCUAAAGAAAGUACGAGAUGGCCCGUACCAAGCAGACUGCCCGUAAAUCCACCGGAGGAAAGGCGCCAAGGAAGCAGCUCGCUACCAAGGCAGCCAGAAAGAGCGCCCCGUCCACGGGGGGAGUGAAGAAGCCCCAUCGUUACAGGCCUGGAACCGUGGCUCUGAGGGAGAUCCGUCGUUACCAGAAGUCCACAGAGCUGCUCAUCCGCAAGCUGCCCUUCCAGCGUCUGGUGAGAGAAAUUGCCCAGGACUUCAAGACCGAUCUGCGUUUCCAGAGUGCUGCCAUUGGGGCUCUUCAGGAAGCCAGUGAGGCUUACCUGGUGGGUCUGUUUGAGGACACCAACCUGUGCGCCAUCCACGCUAAACGCGUCACCAUCAUGCCCAAAGACAUCCAGCUGGCUCGUAGGAUAAGGGGAGAGAGGGCCUAAGCAGCUAGUGACAGUGUUGUCAUGACAAAUGAUCCUAUUUAUCAUACUUAACCAUCUUUGUGGACAUUUUUAUUUCUUGGGUAUUUUUAUAAGUUUUCUUUUUGAAUUUUGUAUUGUAUUUUAGACUGAGACAAUUAUCAAUCAUUCCACAAGACUGGGUAAACUUAAGGUAGUUGGAAAUGUUGUGCAGUAGUAGUGUCUGCCUAUUCCAUCAUGGGUUAUGUUACAGCCAUCAUACCACCCUUCAGGUUCUGUGUGGGUAUCAGGCUCUCUUCAAGGAUGGCGUUAUCUUUUCAAGGAUGACAUCUUCACAUCUUCCAUGGGGUCCGGGGUUUCUUAACCCACCUAACAUUUACCACAAAAUGCCAGCAUGUUGUGCUCAACAGGUAUCACUGCAGUGUCAUUGGUAUUGGCUACUACAGUUGAUACCAUGCGCUCAGUGGCAAGGAGCAUGGCAGACCCCUCCUGUAUUUUUCUGGACUGCUUUUUACAUGUUUUUCAACAUAAAAUCUUGGCAGCUACAUUUAAUACUAUUUAUGAAAAUGUUGUCACAUGUCUUUCUAUUAAAGGUCUUUAUGAGUAGAAAA